AUUCCAUUUCUAAGGUAUAGACGUCGUGUUUUUCUAAUGUACAAGUUUAUUAGCCCCGAAAAUGCAGGGAGAAUUCCUCCUUGUAUAAAUAUUUGAAAAUGGGGAUGUUGGGCUGGACUUUGUACAUGACACGCGGGAGAAAGGCAGGCGGCCGAGGGUUAUUUUCAUUUUCGAAAACUUCGGUAUAAGAUCAGGAAUUCUUCUCAAAAUAAAGUUUAGCUGUUGGAGCUUUUUUCCCGUUAACAAAGGAAGGGGAAAAAACGCUUUUCUUUCAUGUUCAUUGUAAAUAUUUAUAUAUCCUAGACCUUCACGGAACCCAUUCUAGAAGAUGGCCGGAAAAAGGGGAAAAACGACUGGUAACAUUUUGGAUUCGAAAAGAAGAUCAAGUCACGAAGUAACCAACAGUUCACGCGGCCAGUUCUCUGGAUGUCUUCGUGCAAGACGGAAGCAACUUGAACUCGACCCAAACAAAAUGCACCGUCCUCUCUCCAUUCAAAAGGUCGUACUGAUCGUUUUAAUUAUUUGUCUUAUACAGGUUCAAGCACAAACGUUACGAGAUCCAGCUGGGGAUCUAGGUGAAACCGGCCAACAAUGUCCCAGCAGCUUCGUUAACAAAGAUCUGAGCUGGUUCAGACAAAAUGCUCAAACUUUGCUCUUUAUGGAACAUCUCCAGCAACGAGCUGCUCAAGAAAACUUGUUCAACUGGUCCAGAGAGCAAGGAUCAGAACAAUAUCGAUCUCGUCUACGUAAUUUAGAAGAUCAGUUUGUAAUGCCCGAAGAAAUUCCCGACGAUUGUUACGAACAAAUGCCAAUCCCGCAAAAGAUUGCGCAACGCAUCUCUUACCUGGAAGAUCGUCUGGAAGGUUGCGGAGCUGCACAAGCGCAGCCCUGCCCUUACAGCGAAGUUAACGUUGGCGGAUUCGGUUCCGGUAUGGCCCUGCGUCGUUUGUCCGUCAUUCAAGCGGAACUUAUGCGUCAAAGGAAUGUCAUUCGCUUCAUGAGAAUGCGUCUGAUGGACAUUAAUCGACAAUGUGAAGAUUUUAUGGCGGUUCCCAACAGGAACUACAUGAACGAUUGCUCCGGUGGAAUGGUCGAAGAAGAAAGAGAGACCGGUUGUAUGAUGGGACCCCCUGGUCCACCAGGUCCUGAGGGACCCCCAGGACCACCGGGUCUAGAAGGACCUGUUGGACCACAAGGACUACCGGGUUUGAAUGGUUUACCUGGUGAGAUGGGUCUUAGAGGGGAACCUGGUAGUCCAGCCGAAUGCAAUUCCGCACAACCGUGCGGACAACCCAUGCAACCAAUUCAGCCACCCAUGAUUCCAUUCCACUCCCCGCCACUCAUGUGUAACCAGCCGCCGUGCAAUGCGCCCAAAGUUCAGCCCUUCUAUCCGAAUCCUUGUCAAAACAAACCAAAUUGUUCGCCAUUUUAUCCGUUCACUGUCAAUCCUUAUUCAGCAAUACCAUCAUAUGCUGCUUCAUGGCCUUCUUUUCCUUCUUACAGUCCUUCCCCUGUUUAUUCAUCGCCUUCCUAUACUUCGCAAACAUCAGCUUCUUCAUCCUUGCCUUCAUUGUCAUCGCUCCCAUCCAAUUAUCCAGUUUACGACCCUUCGAAUCGCCAGGACACCUCUGCAUCGCCUACCGUUGCACCCAAGACAUCGGAGUCGUUGAAUAGUUCAAAGGAUGAAGAAGAGUCUUCAAACGGUUCAUCCGAAAUAUUUUGAAUCGCCAUUUUUUCAAACGCAAGCCUUGGCUUUCACGUCGAAGACUGCCUCCGCACGCUUUUCUUUUUAAUACUAAAUAUUCAAAUCCCAACUAAAUAGGGGGG